CCUAGGAUCAGUUGUCACUUACUUCCUCUUUGUACCCCGUUUAAAGUCACUGCCAGUCUCUGGCACAUUCUCACGACAAGAGCAUAAAAGGCAGAGGGGGCUCUACGCGGCUCCACAGCUGGUGUGAGUCAUCUCUUGGAGGUGUAUCCGGCGUGCUGGCCCCGUGUGGCCCUGCCCGUCUGUGUCCCUGGACUUGGUCGAAGCUCCUCAGUGUCUGUGGAAGAGAAACCUGAGGAGUCUGGAACAAGUACAGGGUCUUGGACUCUCGCCUCGCUGGGCGCGGAUUACCACAAGCGCAGGCGUUGCCAGGAGGCGGAAUCGCCGGGCAGCCACCUGCUGAAGGAGUGUACCAUGAGGCAUGACCAACAGGUGACGUAACAGGGAUGAGGCCCUCGCUGUGAUAGGCUAAUAAAGUAUUCACACUAGUGAAACUCUAUGUCAAUUGGCUGAAGUGAGGAGCCAAUGAGACGCAAUGAUGCAUCACUGUUCCCUGACUGGUGUUGUAAUGCUUUAUUUAACCAUGAACCACACCUUACAGAUAACUUCAAUACUGUUCAUCGGACAAAGGGAAAGUUAGCACAUGGAAUUCAUAUAAAUAUCAAUCCAAUUCUGAUUUUAUCUUACUGAGCCUUCUGUCCAGUUUUAUAAAAAAAUUACAGAAAUUAUCAAAGAAAUUACAGAAAUGAUAAAUUAACACCGCAGAGCAGCUGCAGAAUUUAAAUUAACAUAUUUUGCUUCACACUUUAACAAGUGUAUGAAUAUGAAUUAUUAAUUUACUAAAUGUAAUUUCAAAUUUUUAUAAGAAGCUCUGAAACAUCACAGAACGCCUCAUGGAAUGGCCCUUUGAUUUUCAACAAACUGCAUCGCUCAGAUGAAUGAAAAUCAGUUUUGACUUGGGCAAUGUGUGAAUAUAAAAUCGAUUUGAUUUUAAGAUUCACAAAUACAAAAAUAACUGAUCUACAAGCAUCUACCUGAGGAGGUGAAAUGUGCAUAAAGGAAAAAGAGACUGUGCAUUGUGUUCUGCAUAAUUAUAUCAGAAUCAUUGUUUCAUUGCCGAGUUUCCACACCUUUAUAACAUAUAAAGUGAUCGCCUUUGAGGUAACAGCACAUUGUAAGGAUGAUUACUGUUCUUUCCCAUGUGAUACCCACCAAUUCCAUUGAAUGGUCUACUUCUGCUUUCAAACUCGACAUAAAGACAAUAUACAUACACAGCGACAAUACAAUUUGUGACAAUACUGGAACAAUGUUGCAGAUUGAUUGGUUCUAUAACAAAAGUCCAUUGACAAGCAAUGUUUAACACAUCUCCACAUAUCUCCUUCACAGACAUUUCCUCUUUUUUUUUUUUUUUUUUGAUUGACCCAUUCAGUUCUGUUCUUACUAUUUUCCUAUUAAUUGCAUUUGGAGUCUUCGGCUCCCAAAGAGAGGCUACACACAAAUGUUUGGUGUUUUAUGCUACUGCAAAAGUGUUACUAAUUAUAAAGCACCCAGUGAUGCUGCUUAUCAAUGAACCUUUUAACUCAAAACUGCCGUUUUACAACUAAAACUUAGGCUUCAAUUUAUUACUACUUGAAAUGAAUGUUUACUUAAAACUACCGAUUGUUUGUAAUGUUAAAUAUAUUUUUGUAAGCUAAAGAAUAAAGGAAUGAUUUCAUUACAAAAACAAUAAAUUUGCAAUAUUUUUACUGAAAUAAGAUAGCGUCUAAAGACUUUCCGUGAGAACUGUAUUUUGAUUAAAAAAAAACAUCUUAAAAAUAAUAAAAAUGUAUCGAAAACGCAUUUAUUAGAAAGAAAAAAUAAACCUGCAGAACGCAAAGUACAUUUCAAAGUGUGAGAAAUAGAGAGCGAGCUCACUUUCCUGUCAAAUAUAACAAGUGUGUUUUAACGAGAAUCGUUAUGUGUAAACUGCUACUGCCCUCUGGCGACGAUCACAAUGAAAAAGGGUGCAGGGUUUACCAUUAUUUCUAGGUGUGACUUGUAAUAAAAGCAUUCCACUCCACUUAGCGUUUGUAUUUAUGUAUAAAUAUAUGUAUUUGAUGACAAUCAAACAAACAUCUUAAACAAACAAACACGUAAUAAAUAAAAAUCCCACAGCGGCCUUUCUUUAAGAACUACAGUACCCAAAAUUCUUUUCGUUUUUUUCCCCAAACCGGAAGUUCAUGUGUAGCUUGUUCCUGGUGCGAGAGUCCUAGUGGUUUGUUUUAACUUAGAAAAUUUGUACAAACUGUAACCGUCAAGAUAUUUUUGUUUAGAGAGCAUUCUUGUAACUUGGCAGUGUAUUAUAUACCGUUAACUUCUUGAAGCGAAGUCCCUUUUGGUCUUUUGCAUAAACCGGUUGCCCAUGGUGACUGACCGACGCUUCAGUUUCUCUGAUUCAAAUUUGUCCCCUCGUUAUUUAACUAUAUGACUUUAAAACAGAAGAAAGGACUGAAAGGCUCCAUCGAUGAUGUACUGGGUGAUCUGUUGGGGGACCAUGACUCGCCGAUUAGGACUCAGCCCGCGGUUCGUGUCGCUGGAAGGAGCGGCGUCCUGACGUCCCGUAGUGGGAAACGGUCAUUACUGGAUGAUGACUUCUUCAGUAAGCUGGCUGAGGAGGUCGGCGACGAAGAGGCUUCUGAUGUGUCGGAGGCUGAUCCAGCAGCCCUGCUGGAGAACAUUAAGGACAUGGAUGAGAUGGAUGCCGACCUCUUCGCGCCAAAAAAGAAGCCGAGCUCCGCUCCCCCACUGGCUACCGCUAAGGCUUCAGGGGCGGGAGGAACUAAACAAAACCCAGCCCGUUUGGUGGAGGGUGGAGCACUGGAGCCGCGACAUGUGAUUGACUCUCCCAACGCCGAUGCCAAAAAGCCCGGCUCCGCCCCAGCUGCCGCCACGCACAGCUAUAAGAGAUUCACCUUCACCGCGUCAGAUGAGGAGGAUGUUUUAGUUCCAUCUCCAGACAAAAAAGACGCGGGUGACCCACUGGCCGAUCUCCUGGACGAUAUAAAGGAAACAAAGAUGGCCGUCAGCGAUGCUGUUCCUGAGCAGAGAGGUCUGCCUGUAUCCGAGUCCCCCGUCGGUAAGGCGAGAGAGACGGCGUCAUGGAGCAGAGGUCCCGGAAAGCAGAACGAGCUGACAUUCGAUGAGGACGAGGAUGACCUGAUGGACGCGCUGGGCUUUGGAGAGAGUCCAAAGGGGAAGGAGGGAAUUCUCCCCCACAAGAGGCUGAGUGAGCCCCCACAGCCGGUACCAACCAGGCUGGAUGAGAUUCUGGGCCGGGGGACAUCUCCACGCCUGCUUGAGCGCCCCCCUACUGGCGAGAAGAAGGAAGUACAUAUGGAGAAGCCAGCAAUUGCCACAGACUCUGCCUUCGGGGACGGUGACUUCACGUUUGGCUCCUACCAGCCCACUGUGGUCUCCACACCAGAGAGCCGGCAGUCACAAAGGCAGUCAGUCAGGUUUUCAGCAGAGCAGACUGGCAGCCGGUCGCCAGAGGGGAAGCCCAGGUCCCCCGUCGCCGGCUCUCCCUCUGCUAAGCGCCACAGCAAGCCGGCAGCCAGUAGGCCAACGAUUCAGCACGACAGCCAAAUGCUGGAGGGGAAACCGAAACUGGCCCCUCCCCUUCGUUCACGCCCCAGUAACCCCGCGGCUGAUUGGCUAGGCCUCAGCCAGGAUCCGGAGGAAGAGGAGGAGGAUCCAGAGGCGCAGGGUGGCCGGGGAGCCCCACCAGCCACGGGAGCCUCGCAGGGGAGUGAGCAUCCUGCGUCUGAAGGGGAGCCUCCGCUACCAGACGCUCCUGCUAGCGAGGAGGCGAAAGACUGGCUGGCAGGAGCACUGACCCGGAAGAAGAAUCUUGCAGCCGUGAAGGCGGCCGUGCCCCGACAUCCUCGCGGUGGCGGCGAUGAGGAGGACCUGGACUCCCUCCUCACGAGUAAACCCAGGUCACCACCAGCUCCUAGGAGGAAAGAAGACGACGCUGUACCUACCAAGGAUUCGAGUUCCUCGUUGCCGUGGGAGACCUCAAGCACGCAAGACACUCCACCUCGUCAGUCAAGUCCGGUGAAGGAGGGCCUACCCAAACCUGUGCCACCAGAGAUAAUAGGGGGGAACAGUGCACCCAUUGAGUUGCUGCAGUCCCCACUGCAGGGGGCAGGGGGCGCCUUGCAGAGGAAGGGAACGGAGCAGCAGGCGGGGGAGCUGUCCCUGCAGACCCACUUGAUCCAGCUAGAAGGCCAGGUGCGGAGCCUGCAGCUGGAACGCGACCAGCUGAAGAUGCUGCUGGAGAGUGUGCGGCAGAGGCACGGUGAGGACACCGAGCUCAUGGAAGCGGCUCACAGGUCCAGGGUGAAGAUGCUGGAGGAGUCGGCGGCCGAGAGGGAGGUGCGGAUGCGGCAGGAGAGCGAGGGCCUGGCGGAGCGCCUGGUCAGCGUCACCCGGCUGGCGGAGCGGGAGCAGGCCGAGCUGCAGGCGCAGUACCAGCGCCGGCUGGCCCAGAACCAGCAGGAGCGCGACCGCGAGGUGGAGCGGCUCCGGGAACUGCAGCGGAGAUCCAUCCUGGAGAUGAAGAAGGACCAUGAGGAGCAGGUGCAGAGGCUGAAGCAACUGAAGGAGGAGGAGAUCGACGCUGUGACCAGCGCGACAUCUCAGACCAGGUCCCUGACAGUGGUGAUCGAUCAGAUGGAGCAGUUCUCCCGGCGGCUGGGUGAGCUGUCCUCGCGUGUGGAGAGCACGCAUGAGCACACGGCACAGGGCCUGGAGCAGGGCGCGCGGCAGAGGGACCAGCAGCUCCGAGUGCUGCAGGAACGGCUGGACCAGCAGCAGAGCCACAUGGUUGAGGAACGUGCGCGGCUGAAGGAGGUCAUCGACAAGAUGGGCAUGCAGCUAGCGGAGCAGCAGAGGCAGCUGGAAAAGGAGCGGUGGAGGGUGUCGGCGGAACAGGCCAAGGCAGAAUCAGCCCAGAGGGGGCUGGAGGAGGAGAGGCGGACCUUAAUGCAGCGCCUCUCCAUGGAGAGGGAGGAGCUGGAAAGAGCAAAGAGCACCCUGCUAGAGGAGCAGCAGGCAGUGAUGCAGCGCUGUUCGGAAGAGCGGCGGAGGCUGGCAGCCGAGUGGGCGCAGCUGCACGCGCAGGAGAAGCUGCAGCAGGAGCGUGGGGCGCGGGAAGCCAGCCGGGCCCUGGAGAGGGACGCCCAGCGCGAGGGCGCCAUCGUCAGCAUGGCCCAGGAGCACGCCGACCUGAAGCUACGUGCAGGAGAGUUGCGGCUUCGUGAGGAGAUGGCGGCCAAGGAGAGGGCGGAGCUGGAGAGGGAGAAGGAGAAGCUGAGCACAGCCGCCCUGCACCUCAAGACACGGGCUCAGGAGGUGGAGGCCUUCAGCAAGCUGGCCUCAGACAGGUACGAGGAGGGAGAGAGAGCUGUGCAGGAGGCGCGGCGGGUGGAGGAGCAGCACCACACCCGCCUGAGCAGCAUCCGCAGCCAGGUGGAGCGGCUGCGUAGCCAGGAGCAACUCCUGAACCAGGGACGGAAGCACAUAGCAGAACAGCGCCAGGAGGUGGAGCACGUGAGGCGGGGGCUCCCCGUCAGCCCCCAGCUUCCUGCCGCCCCCAUCGUCACAGAUGUGUCUCCAGGGCUGGGUCUGCCUCCCUCCACAUUACCCCCCCAGUCUACAGCACUCCUGACCCCGACGGCAGCUCCUGGGCUUCACCUGAAACUCGCUCUCCUCAGGCACACGGCGGAAAAGGACCGGGACUUCCUGCUGGAUGAGCAGUUCUUCCUGGAGACGCUGAAGAAAGCGCCACAUCAUUCUGCCUUUCACACGGCCUGCUGAUCGCCUGGGCACCAGUACGACCGUGUUUUCUAUAAUAAACCCGUUAUAUACAC